CUGAGGUUUACAGAUAUGUGUCCAUCCUCUGACACACUCUCACAGCUUUCUAUAAAGCGUGAGGAUCUGAGAACCUGCUGCAUCGAGCAUCACAGUCAGCUACAGCAGAUUUUGACUUUCAGAUUUGAGGUUUAUCUGCAGAGGACCACCGUCAUGACUCCAGUUUUGCUUUUCGUCCUCUUCAUCUCUUUGUCGGCCAUUCCUCCGGGUGCUACUGAUAACGGAGAAAAACAAGAGUCUUUGGAUGCCUCUGACAUCAUCGAGAGAGCUAAUGCUAACAUAACAACGCGCCUGGUCGACGGCGACAUUGUUCAAAGUUUGGCAAGGAAUGCAGUUGCCUGCACGGCUAGAGGCUGCAAAUGGCCCAAAAGAAGAUACGUCUACGUACCCAUCUACAUCUCCCGCAGAUACACCAGAUCAGAGCGCAACAUCAUCAUCCGAGCCCUGCUGACCUUCCACACAUCCACCUGCAUUCGCUUUGUCUGGAGGAGGAGUCAUCGAAAUUACCUCCACUUCUUCUCUGGAUCUGGGUGCUGGUCCUACCUGGGACGACAGAGUAGAGGACAGGCUAUCUCCCUGAGGAAAAAUGGUUGUUUGUACACAUCCACAGUGCAGCACGAGGUUCUCCACGCUCUGGGCUUCGCUCACGAGCAAGUCCGCUCCGACAGAGACAGCUACGUCUCCAUCCUCACCCAGAACAUUAAGCCAGGACAAAAACAUAACUUUUUGAAGCGGCAAACCAACAACUUCGGUACUCCCUACGACUUCAACUCUGUCAUGCACUACAGCAAAUACGCCUUCAGCAAGAAUGGACAACCAACCAUCCUCGCUAAGAGCAAUCCGAGUCGUAACUUUGGGAAUGCUCGUACGAUGAGCAAUAUUGACAUCGCUCUUGUCAACCGGCUUUACCAAUGUUAAUAAACGGGAAAGGGUCGGCCUCCAGAUACUUCAACUCCUGGCUUUUCAUGAUUCAUCCGAAGGUCCAGAUCUGUUGUUUAUCACUGGCUAGCUUUCUGCUGAGGUCAAUCAAUCUAGAUGGCUCAGCCUUUCUUUAAAUCAUUUGUUAUUGGGUUUAAAUCAUUUAGUCACUAUAUUGAUUUUAAAAUAUACUCUUUAUGAUAUGGUUAUGGUUUUAUACUUAGUGGGCCAAAGACACAUUCAAUUGUUACUGAUGUGUCUAGGAGAAGAAAAAUGAAAACAAUUUAAACAAUCAAUUUAUCAUAGAAACAAUGACAAAAAACACAUUGAUGUAAUGUAAUUGCUGAUUGAUACUGAUGAUUUCAAUGACUUUGUAUUAUUCUUUGAACUGAAGUUAUUCAUUUGUUGAUUAAAGUUUCUGGGGAAAAAAACG